UGAACGGGCUCCAGGCUCGGACCUUUGGCGUCUGGACCCUGCUGUCAUCAGUGAUCCGCUGUCUCUGCGCCAUCGACAUCCGCAAUAGGACGCCAGAUAAUGCCUGUGACUUUCAAUGUGCCAUUGAACAAGCUGCCCCAUUUUUCUCUCAGCUGUUGCCCAGGGAGCUUUUGCACCUCACUAGACAAGGGACCAACCUCUAUUACAUCACGCUCUUCACCUUCUUUUUGGCCCUUGUUCACUUCCUCUCCGAGGUCUUCAUUUACCACACUACAGCCUUGACAAUUGGAGUUAUGGCACCCCUCAUGGUAGCAAGUUUCUCUAUCUUGGGAAUGUUGAUUGGGCUGCAGUACCUGGAGGUAGAAGCACUGUCGCAAAACAAGAAGAAAAACUGA